GAAGCCACAUUUUUUAGUACAAUAGAACAUAGCAAUGUUAUUUUUCCCCUAUUUUUACAGUGUUUAUCUACGUUACUGGACGACCCAGACAGAAAAGUAGAACAUUAAAUUAUGUUAUUUUAUGUACCGCGACAAAUUUUGUGCCGUUUUUAAGCUGAAGAUUAAGCAAUGUCGAUAUACCGAAUUUUACAAACAGCAUAGUAUAGUUAUGUCUAAGGCUGUCUUGUUACCAAGAGCUGGAGGGAAACUGAUAGCCCAACACAGCAAAGAUGUCAGCAUCAAUACGGAGGGGGUGAAGAAGCUGGCAGCCAUGCUGCUGGAAAAAGCAAAGAAGAGGGAAUUCUUUAUUGGCAGUUGGCGAGAUCACACCCUGAAUCCUAAGACAUCAGAUGAGAAAGCUAUAAAUUGCAUAGUAUAG